CGUGCUGAGGGUGCUGGCAAGUGCGGGUGCGAGCCAGUGGUUGGUGGGCCUGGUGUGUUGGGCGGGCGGGCCGGAGGCCGGGUCGCCUGAGCACGCGGCUUUCGGCGCCCUGACCCACGCUCGGCUGGUGGCUCUGUGGAGGGACACGGCGGGGGCUCCAAGCGGCCGCACGGCGGGGAGCGGCGGCGGCGGCCUCAGGUCCUGAGUCUCUAUAGAAGCUGAAAUCCAUCAAUCUCCGUUCUUCAAAAUGCAGUGGAACGUACCAAAGACUGUAUUCCGACUGGCACAUAGGACAUGCAUGGAACCAGAUAAAGCUGGUCAUUUGGGACACUGUCAAAACAUGAAGGGACCAUUACUUUUGUAUACCUCGGAAUCCAGCGUGGUUUGGGUACAGGGCCCUCAGAAACGAUGGCUGCACUUACGUGCUGCCCAGUGUUUUGCAAAGGAAAGGAAGCCAUUCAUUGCUCACCCACCCCAACCAAGGGUCCUUCAUAAACAGUGGGAGCAGGAUAUCUUAUCCAAGAGGGUUCUGUCAUCCAGUGCUGCAUCCCCAGGAACUCCCUCUGAAAAAAAGGAAGAACCUGAUCCUUUACAAGACAGAUCAAUUAGUCUUUAUCAACGAUUUAAGAAAACAUUUAGACAAUAUGGAAAAGUUUUGAUUCCAGUGCAUCUAAUAACUUCUGGUGUUUGGUUUGGAACGUUUUAUUAUGCAGCCAUAAAAGGAGUGAAUGUCGUUCCUUUUCUAGAACUUAUUGGGUUACCUGACAGCGUAGUAAACAUUCUGAAAAAUUCCCAGAGUGGAAAUGCACUAACAGCAUAUGCCCUGUUUAAGAUUGCAACGCCCGCGCGGUACACUGUGACCCUGGGGGGGACCUCCUUCACUGUGAAGUAUCUGCGCAGCCGUGGCUACAUGUCGACGCCACCUCCUGUGAAGGAGUAUCUGCAGGACAGGAUGGAGGAGACAAAGGAGCUCCUCACAGAGAAGAUGGAGGAGACAAAGGACAGACUCACUGAAAAACUGCAAGAAACCAAAGGAAAGGUUUCUUUUAAGAAAAAAGUGGAAUAGGGUGCCUUAUAUACCAGGUUAUAGACAGUUCCUGCACUUUAACCCUUGGGGACUGUGGACAAAGGUACAUGCUCUUGAUUAUUUUUUUGGUUAGCAGCCUAAAUAUAGCAGUUCUCUGAGGGUUAAAGAACUAAGAUAACUUUUUAAAGUUAAACAUCACUAGAAAAAUCAGUGUUUUUUGAAAAGAAAAAGUGAACCCAGUGUAAGGAUUUCAUGUCAGUAGCAGCGUUAAGCAGUGGUCCAUGUCUUCAGUCAUCCUUGCUUUGUGUUUAGAUAGCUGCUGACUCCUUGAAUAGCUGGUGCGGCCCUACACAGAUUUAACACUAGGUCUUCAUCUUUGUUAUUCUUUGAGGUUUUAACGAUAUUCACUUCUCAAUGUGGAGACAAACUGUUAUCAUCAGAACUGCCUGUGAAUAAGAGGAUAUUUAGUCUUUCUCUAAAGAUAGUAUAUAACGGUUAUAUACCAGUUAAAAUGUAGACUUCAUAUAAAGAAAGCUGAAUGAAAAUUGGGUCAUAUAUAUGUAAAUAAGAUGUAUUGGUUAUAUGUAAAUGAAAAAUUGACCCUUUAAAAAUGAUUUUUACCUGAAGCUUGCCAUAAUCAAAUUUUUUAAGCAAAUCUGUGCGGUCAUGGCACUUUCUCACCCGGAAUGUAAAACUGUUAUUCCUGCAUCAUGUCCUCUCCAACUGAUCUCUCAGAGGAAAAGGGAAAAUCAUUACACCUUAAGUUUAUGGUGGAGAUCAGACACCCUUAGCAGUACCUGGAGCUUGUGGUUCUCGGCAGUGCAGGUUUGGGAGGAUGGGACCUGCCUGUCCCUGCCACCUGGUCUCUACCAGCCAGAGUUGGUCUUGAUUCCAUUAUGGAGUAAAAUUUUAAGAUUGUAGCUGCUGUUUUCCUCUUGCAUUGAAACAUCCUUACUUGAGCAUUUUACUUGAAUUUUUUAAAUAGCAGAGCUGUCAUUAAAACCUGCUUGGAAUGAAAUUCAGUCGUUGUCAGAUGUGAAAAGUUGCCACAAUUUGUGUGGGUGUGUUUGAGGAUGUGUUUGUGUGUUUCCUUUUGCUCUAACUGCCUUUACUUCAGUUCUAACCUUUGAAUUGAAAGAGGGAAUGGCCUCUUUCUAGAUUGUCUUUGUUGUGAGUGAUCUGAUAAGGCCGCAGGCAUCACUGCUGUGAGGCAGGGUUUUCGUAUUAAAUACUGAGUUUGGCCAAAUUUAGAGAAUACUUUAAAGGGAAAAAAAUGUUUGCAUUUUGAUACGUCUCAUCAUUAUAUUGGCUGUGCUGUGGUUGGACUCUUCUUUGUGGGGGUGGGUGGAGUGGUGAGGGGGCAGGGCUCACUCUGCCACAUGCAGGCCCGAUCAGGCAGGAUGGUUUGUCUCUUGAUACAGAUCGAACGUGUGAUUUCAAAUUGACAGCACAUUUUCAAAUCCAAAAACAGUGAACAUGUUUUAGCUUGUUUAUUAAAUAAUUCACAUUUUUGCAUAUAUUAAAUGCUAAGAUGGAUAUUAACAAAUUUCUUGUUUGUUUAUUUUUAACCACUGAGACUGCUUGGUUUAAAAUCAUGUGUUAUAUGAAACUUUCUUUUUACUUUUCACGUUGCAUAGGGCGUGUUUUCCAAUGAGGGUAAAUUGUGGGUCUUAGAAGCACUAAUAACCCUGAGUUUCCACCUUUGGUUCAGCCCGUUUGAGAUUUGUUGCCAUCCAGUUUCAUAACUGUGUUGUGUUUGUCCAGUUACAGAAAGUGAGAUACUAGGGAGUGCUUUGAAAUUCUCUAGUAAAACAUUCUCUGAAGGUGUAAGAAGUUCUUUUGUCAUUAUUUAGUAUCAGGAAUAUCUGAUCUUGUCAAAUGCUGCUGCUCCCAUCUUGCUAACCUAGUCCUUAAGGGAAGCUACAAAGAGCCGAAAGGGGGACCCCUGGAAUAUGCGUGUGGAGUAUUUGUAGCCGGCCAACAGUACAUAGUGGGCAUUGAGUUAAAUUAUCCGGGUGUGUGUGUGGUAAAUAUCAUAACCAUUUCAUUUACAAUAAGCCUUAUACUUGCUGUGUCUGGUGUGCACAUCUGUAUUUAAGUAGGAUUGUUGACAGGGUAAAGAGGGAGCCAUGGCUGAGGUUUAAUUUAACACCUAUAAAAUAGAUAAAAAGUGUUUGCUCAGCAAAUUAACAAUUGAAAUGAAAAAUAGAUUAGGUAAAAAAAAACUUAGUUUAUUCAAGAAAAAUAGCAAAACCAACCUUUUAAAGUACCACAAAAAUGUCUCUCACUGAACCAGCAUUUUGCAUACAGUAGGGUGCUAUUUGCAGAUUCCAACAAAGGAGAAAGUUCAUGUAUUAAGGUCACCUUCCUGCCACUAGUGAAAAUAAUAAAACUAUGCCUUCAAAUAUAAUCUUCAGCUUAUUUGUUAUAGAAUCUGCCUUCCAU